CCAUUAGGUUCUACUGACCGUUUGCUUUAAUCCAUCGCGAACCUUCCGUGGGGUAAGAUUGAAGUUGAAGCUGUAGUGACCCCAUUUCUUUACGAUAUUACACCAUGGAGCGUCUCAAGUGGUGCAUUUUGGUUGGGCUGGCUUUCGUGUGCCAGUUUGGGCUAGCUCCCGGUCAGGAGGGUGUAAAGACCGCGUGGCGCAAAGGCGGUGGCGUUCAGGUUGCUUCUCACGAUGUUACGAUCGCGAAUCAAAGUUUUGUGGAGAUGGCCGAGCCAGGUCGACAGACGAACACGACCGUGAUGAGUCUGCAACGAUCGAACGAAUCGAUGAGUGCCCUGGAUCGCUUUAUGAACAAAACGAAGGGAAACAUUCCUGCGGGAGUAUGCUUCGAGGAGGUGCCUACGGUUUCCCUGUUGAAGUAUAACCCUCGCGGAGAUGUGCCAGCGGGUAAUGGGUCCAAUCCAUCUCUCAGUCGGAUUCAAGUUUGCUGCCCCGGGUAUGAACGUAAUGUGCACAACUUCCGCAAGUGUGAGCCCGUUUGUGAGGAUCCGUGUCUGAACGGGCUUUGUGUGGGACCGAACACCUGCGAAUGCUAUCCGGACUUUGUACGGAACGGCCAAGGUCGAUGUGUACCGACCUGUCCGAUCGGAUGCGAUCAUGGCGAGUGUUUGGUUGGAACGGGUGAGUGUCGCUGUAAGGAAGGCUAUGAGUUAGAUCCGACGACCAAGAAAUUCUGUGUGCCGCACUGCACUGGAGGAUGUGGCGUGGGUCGCUGUGUGGAUGUGGAGCGAUGCGAGUGUGGCGAGGGAUAUAAGUUCGAUCCGAAGCUCAAGUGUGCACCACACUGUGAGGGUGGAUGUUUGAAUGGACACUGUGUCGAACCAGGUGUUUGCAGGUGUGAGGCGGGUUAUGAGAUGUCGGAGAUGGGAUGUGAGCCAAUCUGCUCAAAUGGCUGCUUCCACGGUGUUUGUACCGCGCCGGAAACGUGCUCCUGUAAGCCUGGGUAUCAGAAGGUCGGUGAUCAAUGCACUGCUACUUGUGAUCGUCCCUGUCUAAACGGGGAAUGCACUGGACCGAAUGUUUGCAGCUGCAAUCGGGGCUACAUCCUUGACGAGGCCAAUCCCUUCCAUUGUAUUGCGCACUGUCCCAACGGAUGUCCGAACGGUGUCUGCUCUGGCCCAAACAUGUGCCUCUGCAAUGCAGGAUACGUCAAGGAUCGUUCGCUCAAAGGAAGUCAAGCAUGCAUCAAGCGCUUCGACGGAGUUAAAUCAUACCGCUCGAAACGUCUAGCAAAAACGAUGCUUUAUCUAAAGAUUAUAGUGACCGGAGCUGCUCUGUUGGUGGUCAUCCUGUCAACUGCAUCCGUUGAUGCUGCCUGCUCGAAAACGAACGUAAAAACGCGAGUAGAGAUCAAGAAUGGUAAGCGCGUGACGGUGAUCGAUCAACCAUGCUGCAAGGGCUACAAACGGGUGAAGCUACGCUGCGUUCCGAUCUGUUCCCUGCCCUGUGAAAACUCCAAAUGCACUGCACCGGAUGUCUGCACCUGCAAUCCUGGCUACGAGCGGCUGUCGAACCAUCGAUGCAUUCCACACUGCGACGAUUGUGAUAAUGGAAUCUGCACGAAGCCUGGGUACUGCCAGUGCCAUACGGGUUACACCCGUUCCGACAAUGGCACGUGCGUGCCGGAGUGUAACAACUGCGUGAACGGGUUCUGUUCCCUACCAGACGCGUGCCAGUGCUAUGAAGGGUACCAGCUUCAGGAACGUGAUGACGCCACACGCUACUGUCAACCGGUCUGUGAGGGAGGCUGUCUGCAUGGGCAGUGUGUCGCACCGGAUGAGUGUCUCUGCGGCGAUGGAUACACCUUAUCACCGUUCGGAGAGUGUGUUCGGCCAACCACACCACCUCCGCGCUGUCCGGAAGGAUUCGUGGACGAUGGCAUUGGCUGUAGUCCGAUCUGUUCCGAACCGUGUCGGAAUGGAACGUGCGUUGGGCCGGAUGAGUGUGAAUGCUUUCCAGGACAUUCGUCAGAAAAUUCGACCUCCCCGUUCGUGUGUCAACCGGUGUGCAAUGGAAGCUGUGCGAAUGGUGAUUGCAUUGCGCCCGGGGUCUGCAUCUGUCACGCACAGUACGGCAAGAUUGGGGACGAGUGUAUACCGCUGUGUGACCGGUGCUCCCUCGGCCAUUGUGUGCAGCCGAAUGUGUGCGUUUGUGAUCGGGGCUACCGGUUGAUCGAUGGUGACUGUGAACCGAUUUGCGAGACGGAGUGUAUCAAUGCGAUCUGCACUGGGCCGAAUGCGUGCACCUGCCUACCGGGGUACAACUAUACGGACAUUAAUGCACUGUUCGACUGUUUGCCGGUGUGUGAUGAGGAGUGUAUCAAUGGGCGGUGUGUGGCACCGCAGCGGUGUGAGUGCAAUGAAGGAUACAUACGGGACGAGGAGAACGCCUGCAUCCACCCGGACGACCUGUGCCGGAUGAAGUGCACGAACGGACAGUGCCACGGUGCCGAAUGUGUCUGCGAUGCCGGCUACAUAAAACAUCCCACCGAUGGGCAUUGCGAGAAAACCUGCCCGAACGGUUGUACGAACGGCGAUUGCAACGGAGGCGAGUGCUUCUGUCACGAAGGCUUCCGUCUAUCGCUGGACAAUGUGUCCGUGUGUGAACCGAUCUGUGGUGAAGAUUACGAUUACAGCAGUGCCGGUUGCAUCAACGGCCGGUGCAUUCGGCCGAAUGUGUGCCAGUGUGACGAAGGGUACGAGUUUGUCGAUGCUAAUCAGACGCGCUGCGAAUCGGUGGAAGAGAUCGCUCGCCAACGGUUGGCCCAGGAACGGAUGGCAGAAUGUCGGCGCAGCUGUCGGAAUGGUAAAUGCCGUGCGGGCGAGUGUCGGUGCAAUGAAGGGUAUGCUCAACCGGAAGGAAACACGCUCAGCUGUAAGGCGGUAUGUGUGGAACCGUGUCGAAACGGGACCUGCGUGCGACCGGACCAAUGUGAAUGUAAGCCUGGAUUUGUGUUUGUCGAGGGAAGCGCAAGCCAUUGCAGAUCGGAGGACGACCUGGCGAGGGAAGCGUACGAGCGGUGUACGGAGCGCUGUCGAAAUGGCGUUUGUCACGGUGACCAAUGCUUCUGUAUGCUGGGCUAUACGCCGUCCGAUCUCGAUCCUUACGACUGUCAGCCGGUUUGUGAGCGACCGUGUGUCAAUGGAACGUGCGCCGGAAACAAUCGGUGCCAUUGCUGGGACGGUUACGGUAAGACGGGAGAGGACGAUCAUGCUUGUGAACCGAUCUGUACGUCGGAAUGUGUCAAUGCAGAUUGUGUCGCUCCGGACCAGUGCGCAUGUCGCGGUGGGUACAUUCCUUUGGGAGAGGGCAGCAGCACCUGUGUGAAGGAGGAAACUCCCGAGGAACGAUCAGCACGGCUCCGACAGGUGGCCUGCGAACGAGAAUGCACCAACGGUUGGUGCGAACAGGGCGAAUGUCGCUGUGUGGAAGGGUUCUAUCACGAAAACGGUAACACGUUGCGCUGUGAGCCGUACUGUGCGCAAUCGUGUGAGAUGGGCCGCUGUAUCGGAAAUGAUACGUGUGAGUGUCUCGCACGCCACGAGCUCGUCGAGCAGUACGUCUGUGGGCCAGUCUGUAGUGAAGAGUGCGUAAGAGGGUACUGCGCAGCGCCGGAUGUUUGUCGCUGUCACGAUGGGUACGCAAUGGUGAACGGGUCCAGUAACGCGUGCGAACCGGUCUGUGGUGAGGACGGCUGCAUCAAUGGUGUUUGCGUGGGGCCAAAUGAGUGCAUCUGUCUUGAUGGGUACUAUCCGGAUCAGGACGACCCGUUACUGUGUCAUCGAGAGAUCAGCGUUAUUCAACAACUGCACGAACCAAGUCACAGCAGUUCCGGCGGCGAGUACUACAAGAUGUCCUACAUUCACUACUUCAUCCCGGUGAUCGCGUCCGUCGCACUUAUCGUGGCCGUGCUGAUCGUGAAGAUGAUUGUGCGCAACCGCCAGAAGGACUAUCACGUCGGCAAGCUCGGUAAUGCAGAGCGCGCGGGGCGCAAGUCGGGGCGUGCGAACAGACGCAAGGGGCAGUCAAACCGUACCACCGAUUAUAACGAUUACAAUCUGGUCGUUCUCUUCCCUACAGAGAGCAAGGAAAACUGUGUCUACUUCAUGCCGAAGCCGGACUCCAAGACGAACGAGCUGACCAAAUUGAAUCUCGAAAUUGAAACCAUCUGAACACACCUAAAAUAUUCGUAAAACCUCCUUUUUUUGCUCAAACACACACGCACAAACACACACACAUAGCUGGGACACUUUCCUUGGACAGCGAGACACGCAUCGGUUUUCCAGUUUUGUUUGCCUCUGUAAAUAUGUGCCACCCCAUGUCGCUUCCUAGGAAGUGGCUGCAAUCUCUUUUAGCAUUUAGAACGAACUGGAGCGGUUAGCGAAAUUAGUGAUAAGAAUUAGUAUGCUUGGGGAGGAAAUAAAUCGAACCUUUUCUAAUGGCUCACACACAAACAAAAAAAAAGAAAAUUUAAUGUGAGCGUUAUCACUGCAUGGUUGAAAUCGAGACAAAACAAUUGUAAGAUUAUUUAGGAUGAGUUUUUUGUUUGUUUUUAUUCUGUUCCGUUCACCGUAAGUUUAAUAAAUAAUCCUAGUAACUCACCACCCCAGCGCCCUGCGGUGAUCAAUCGGU